AUGAUGAACUGGAGCGUCGCGAUGAUGAGGAUGAGCUCGACGUACCACCUGUACAAGAUCGCCCUGCUGGUCAAGACGGACGACGCUGUGAAGGACAGCAUGAUCUUGAGGGCCGGCGAGCCCUCCAAGGCGCUAUACUUCGUUGUCUCUGGAACAGUCGAAGUAAUCCAGCUGAAGAGGAAGAGGGUUAGAAAUCAAGCACCCUUGAACACUGGGGCUGGAAAGGCGGCCGGCAGCAACGGCAACAAAAAAACAUGCAACACUGUCGUGUCGGGAGGGGGAGGAGGAGGCGUCGGGGGGGCAGCGGGAAAGCCCGAGAAACCAGACAUUCCGCGUGAAGGAGAUGGGGCAGCCGAAUUUGUCUACAAGACGGCUCGAAGAGUACUGACCGUGUUGGAGAGCGGGGAGUACUUCGGAGAGUCAGGCGUUCUGACGUACUUUAACGGCGGCAGCAAGUCCUCGGCCGCUGCCCCCCCCGUGACUGAGCAGUUCUGCCUUGUGGCGCGGACCAGCGUUGAGAUGCUCGUCCUUCGCCGGCAGCACUUCAACAUCAUUGCAAUGCCGAUGCUGGAGAUCAUCAAAGCAAAUCACGCCGCCCGCCUCCAGUGGAGGGCCCAGCGCAAGCAGGACGCGCACCGGGGGAGAGCGGUGCUGAGAGCGGCCAAGAGGGCGCUGGGCCAAGCUGCCGCCAGGGUGGGUGGUGAAGAAGACCCGAUCUUCCAGUCGUGUCAAAAACAGCUCGUGAAUUCACAAAGCCGGACUGCUGCCACUAGUGCUGCCGGGAAUUCCUCGCAAGGAGCUCGGCCAAGUGCUCCUGCAGACGAAGGCCGUAACACUUCUCUGCUGGCACAAAGGCAAGAGCGCGGGAGUGUGACGAAGUCACAUUCAUCGGGCUGGUCCACCUUGCCACGUGGAGAACCAAGUUUCGCGAAACAUCAUCAUCACCCUCCAGGAGACCUUGGGGCAAACGAUCUCGCAGGAACGGUGGUUUCAAUGACUUGGGGGGCCGGACGCAACCCAAUGGGGGGAGAAGAAGAGCACCAGGACGGGGGGGGCGAUGACAAGUCACUCGCGGGGCUGAGCGUCGCAUCUGGGGACAGCAUGCAGUACAGCGUGGACUCCGGCCCAACACACCAGUACAACAACCGCAACGCCCAGGUGGAACCCGCCGCGGGAAGCCUGCGCGAUACACGGGACACAAACAGCUGGGCUUGCAUGGCAGCAAGAGCUUCGGCGCCUUCUUGGGAGCUAUCGAGCAGCGAGAAGGCGAUGGAAGCAGCAGCAACCACAGCGGUUACCCACCUCGACCACCCUUCCGAAACAGGAAGAGGCUCAAGAACGACGCCGAGGCCUCAGACAGCAAGAGACGUUUCCACGCUGCCCGAGCACCAGAAACGCAAAGUCGCGGGGAUGCCACUCGAAAAGCGGGCGGCGCGCGGAAGGCAAGGGUCGGGGACGGGGAUCAGGGCGGGGCCGGGCCUGUGCCUCGUUCUGACGUGGAAGUCGUGCCUGCCGUGAAGGGUGUGGAACUUAUUCCUGUUAGAGGGAUCAGUCGAAUAUGUGCGAGUUAGUGACAAGCGGGGUAUCUAUCAAUAUUGGCCUAUCGGGGAAGGCUUAGCUACCUCAAUGUUGACCUGAGGCCUGGAGCUCGAUCAUUGUUGUAGACCGUAGUUGACAGAGGGAGCACCACAGCCAGUCAUUACUAUACUUCAUG